AAUUCAAAGUAAAAAAAUGGGUCUCAAACAAAAUUGAAGUGAAAGAUGGAACACUAUCAAACAAUACCUAAGUGAUGGAUUCGAAGGAAGCACAGCUGCACAAGAACAGAAAAUCACCUCCGAGUUUGAUUUAGAAAAUGAAACCCUUUUUUGUGUUGUCUAUCUUAGUACUGUUCUUGGCGAUCUCGUUCAGUAUAACCAAAACAAAUCACUGCAAAUUAUUCAAUCUAAAAUCGAUCCUUUCUCGCCAUAAACUCCUAAAAUUUUUCCGUCCAAACCCAAUUCAGAAGCAGCAUAAUCUAAAUACUCAAAUGCCCUCUGCCGAUUCCGAAUCUCCGUUCUGUGUUCUAUGGAUGGCCCCUUUUCUUUCAGGAGGUGGUUAUAGCUCAGAAGCUUGGUCUUAUAUAUUAGCGUUAAGCAAUUACCUAAAAACCCAAAAGAAUUCAAGAUUCAGGUUGAGCAUUGAACAACAUGGGGAUCAAGUAAAUCUAGAAUUCUGGGAGGGUUUGCCGUUGAAAAUGAGGAAUUUGGCUCUUGAGCUUUACCAAUCUGAAUGCAGAUUGAAUCAGACGGUUGUGGUUUGUCACAGUGAGCCAGGUGCUUGGUAUCCUCCACUUUUUGAUACCCUGCCGUGCCCGCCACUUGAUUAUGGUAAUUUUAAGUCUGUAAUUGGGAGGACUAUGUUUGAGACUGAGAGAGUGAAUUCCGAGCACGUAGGGCGAUGUAAUGGGAUGGAUUUUGUUUGGGUUCCUACUGAGUUCCAUGUUAAUGCUUUUACGCGAAGUGGGGUCGAUCCAUUGAAGGUCAAGAAGAUUGUUCAGUCUGUUGAUUUGGAAUUUUAUGAUCCAUCCAAGUACAAGCCAUUGGACUUAUCCUCCAUUGGGACUCUAGUACUUGGAUCAAAUUUGACAGGAUUAAAUUUGGAUGAAAGGUUUGUUUUCUUGAGUGUGUUUAAAUGGGAGCAUAGGAAGGGGUGGGAUGUGUUAUUGAAGUCUUAUCUGAUGGAAUUUUCUGGAGUUGAUAAUGUUGCAUUGUAUUUGUUGACGAAUCCUUAUCACUCGGAUAAAGAUUUUGGUAACAAAAUUAUUCAGUACGUGGAGGGUUCGGAUUUGGAGAAACCAACUAAUGGUUGGGCUCGCGUUUAUGUUAUAGAUGAACAUAUAGCACAGGUUGAUCUGCCUCGACUCUAUAAAGCGGCCGAUGCAUUUGUUCUUCCAUCUAGAGGGGAAGGAUGGGGUCGGCCCCUGGUUGAGGCAAUGGCAAUGUCAUUGCCGGUGAUUGCUACUAACUGGUCAGGGCCAACUGAGUAUUUGACCGAUGAGAAUAGCUAUCCCUUGCCUGUUGAUAGAAUGAGUGAAGUGGAAGAAGGACCAUUUAAGGGGCAUUUAUGGGCAGAACCCUCUGUUGAUAAGUUGCAACUUCUGAUGAGACAUGUAAUGAGCAAUCCCGAGGAAGCUAAGGCUAAGGGAAGACAGGCAAGGAACGACAUGAGCAGAAAGUUUUCUCCCGAUAUUGUUGCUCGGAUUGUUCUUGACCAUUUACAACAAGUUAUCAACAAUAUGGAUUGAGCUUUCAAGUCAAGUCGUAUACUGAGCCCUUGGACCUUACAUUUGAUGGUUCGUUUAGAUUGUCCUUUUACUGAUAGACUUUAUUCGAGACCACGUGACUUGGAAGUCGGAUUGAAGCCUAAAAUGAUCUGCUGAUAACAUUUCAUUUUCUUAGAUGAAGAUAUAUGCUAUGAAGCACAUGCACCAUGUUGAUAGUCGUGAAGUGAUGCUAAAAUUCAAUGCAGAAAAGAUCUGUAAAUUGGUCUAAUUUUCCAUUUGUAAAACCUUUUCGGGGAAUGUUUAUAAUUAUUUGGUUGAAAUUGUUCCCAUUGAAUGGUGUAGAAUGACGCUUGAUGCACCUCUUUCGAUUUGUCUUGUGGUUUCUUAGCAUUUUUUAUGCAGUUGGAGGUUGUCUGAGGGAAACUAGUACUCUAACCUCCAUUCAGUAGUUUGAAAGGGAAAGAAGGGAGAGAUGUAAUAUUGCCAAAUAUGUUCAAGUUAGAUUUAGCUUCCAAUGACAUUUGGUUUAGCCUGAA